AUGAGUCGAUUCUGUACGCACGGCCUACGAAGUCUUUCGGCGUUCACCCUACUCACUCCCGUACUCGCCCAAUCCUGCUCUUCCCCGAACGCCACCUUCGGAGCUGGUGGCGGCCGCAAGAUCGCCCUGGUAAUCGACAGCUCUGGCUCGAACGACUGGACGGACCCAGAGGACCUCCGCAUAACCGCCGCGCAGGCCUUCACCUACCGCCUCACGGCAUCCAGCGAAGCCAAAUCUGGCGGCCACGGUGCAGCAGACCUCCUCGCCGUGAUCGAUUUCGACGACACCAGCAAAGUCGCCUACCCCCUCGGCGACCCGGGAAACGCCGCAUUCGACACGAUCAAUGCCUUCGGCGGCACCUUCAUCUCUGGCGGCGUGGACCUAGGCCUGGCCGAACUACAGCGCGACGGCAGUCCUCUCGGCAACCGCACCGGCAUGAUCGUGCUCACGGACGGCGAGGACGCCUACCUGGAGACGCUGAUCCUAUCACUGAACAACGCGACCGCCCUCGGCGUGCGCAUCAGCUUCGGCUUCCUGCAGACACCGGGCAGCCCCGUCACUCCCCCCGCGGGGCUCGUAUCCGCGAUCCUCGCCACGGGCGGAACCUUCUCCACGAUCGACUCCGCCGCGGCACAGCAGUACUUCAUCGACCUGAUCAUCGCGAACGGGCCGACGCCCGUCGACGUCGGCGGCGGCGCCACAGGCCCCAACGGCGAAACGUCGAUUCUCCCCGGCCUUGCCGUCGCCCACAAGCUCGCGCGGGACCCAGGCGUAUACACGUACAACGCCGUCGCUGGCGAGCGCCUCAACUUCACGGUGCAGAGCCUUACUAACCAGUCGCUUGCUGUGGCACUGAGCGGCCAUGGAGGUGCCGAUCUGCUCACUGCCACCGAGGGCCCGUCGUGGAUCGCGAAUGUCCUCUUCACGCCCGCGAGCGAUACCGCGUUGAAGUUGACGUGGGAGAGGAUUUUUAUUGUAAUAUUCUCAUGA